CCCAGAGUUCCCAGUGUGACCGAGAGCGGCUCCGGACUUUACUGGCUUACUCACUGGGACAGAAACCUGCAGAGACCGGAACCCAGAACCAAGGACCCGUAACCCAGGACCCAGAACCAGGACCGGGACCAGAACCAGGACCCAGAGCGGAUCAGAGAUGGACAGCUGCUGUCUGUCCCUGCUGUAGGUCAGUGAUGGCCGUGGUGUUUCCUGAAUGCGGAGGAGACCAAGUCAGAUCCAGACUCCAUGUUGGUCGUCAUGGCCUCGCUGGAUGGAAGCACGCCGGUUGAGACUCUUCUGGCAGCGAUCCAUCUAGAGAGGUACCAGGACACCUUCCGUCGAGCUGGUCUCCUGUUGGCUAGAGACUUCACACACCUGGAUAAUGAUGCUUUGGUCAGCCUGGGUAUAACCGCCACAGGAUACAGGAAGAGAAUCCUUCGAUUGGUCAGUCACAUUCAGAGGACAGAGAGUCAAAGAGCCAAUCAGAAAGCUGAUCUCCCACGUGAUCGCUGUCAGUCUGUGACGGACAUUACUUUAUCUGGUCACAGCGCUGCAUCGCGGCGUCAGUCGUCUGGACCCAUUGACUUUGAGGCGCUCAGGAACAGUUCGGCUCCAAACCUUGGCGCCAUGUUGACCAACUCUGACAGCAGCAGACCUGCGGUGAAGCCAGUUCCAAAACCCAGAACUGUAUUCAACCGCCGCAGGACAACACCCGUCCACUUCUGUCCAACACCAGACCCUGCACCGCCUCCAUCCAGGAGGCUUUCCCAGGAGUCCAUCUGUUUUACUGUGUUAGAGGGUUUGACCUCAGGGGACACGCCCACACCUGACAACAGGUUGACCUCUGACCUCAACGAGAACUCAGCCACACCCAGCCGAAAACCGAACCAGACGGAAAGGAGGAAGCCGAGUCGUAGCUUGUCUCUGUCAGACGCUGGAGGGUUUUUACCUCCUGUUCCCCCGAGGCUGAACCGUGGGAUCCCCCCCGCCACGUUCCAGGGGUCCCCACCAUCUUCUUCUUCACCUGUACGGACAGAGCAGAACCAGACGGUUCCUUUGACUUCCUCUCCUGGUAGUCUUGACAACAGCAGGCUCUCUGGAUCCUCGCCGACUGGUUCACCCAGAGGUGGCGGGAUGGAGAUGGUCUCUAAUGAGAUCUACUGGGGGACGUUACCUAGUUCUACUGCCCCCAGUUUAGGGAGGAGUUACUGCAGCCAGCAGUCAGCACCUCCGACUCCACCCAGACAAACACCUGAGAGGCACCCAGAGAGGAAUAGUGGCAGCACUUUAAGUAACAACUCUUCAGGAUCAGCCAGAGCUUCAACAGACGACCCUGAGGAGGAGAUCAGCCCGUACUGUGAAACUGUUUUUCAAACCAGAAGAAAUCCGCACAUAUGUGAGAGUGAAAGGAGCAGACUGGAUGAGAGAGACAUGAGGAAAGGGGAGGACAAACAUGCAGAGGAUCAUGGGUGUCAGAAGUUCUCCUGGACGAAGCGUUUGUCUCAGGCUCUUCACUCCGGAGACUCUCAGGGUUACAGCACCGUCGGAGAACCUCCACCUCCUGUCCGCUACCUCUCCCUGCCCAACCACACUUUCCCCGCAGACGCUGAUGAGGACCUGACCAUCUCCCCCUACGCCAGCUACACCUCCCUGACUGAGAGAGCCCCGCCCAUCAUCAGCGGCUGGCUGGACAAGCUGUCUCCACAGGGGAAUUAUGUUUUCCAGAAGCGCUACGUGAAGUUUGAUGGCAAAAACCUGAUGUACUUUGGCAGUGAUAAGGACGUCUACCCUAAAGGAGUGAUCCCAUUGGCUGCCAUCCAGAUGGCCCGCCCAGCCAAAGACAACAAAUUUGAAAUCGUGACAAGUCACAGGAUUUUUGUUUUCAGGGCCGAUAAUGAAGUGCUGAGGCGGCGGUGGGUCGGCACGAUGCAGGAACACGUAAGAGAUCAGCUGGUGUUCGGUCGUCGGCGCUUCGGUCCCGGAUCUCACUGUCAGAGACACGGAGUUCUCGAGCUGAAGGGAACCAAGUCCAAAGUGUACGCCGCCAUCAACACGGAGCAGAUCUGGAUCUACAAGAGCGAACAGUGCUUUCGUAACGGAAUCGGCAUCACAGUGAUCGAAGCUCGAGGAUCGACGAUCAGGGACGGGAAACACAAGAGCUUCGACCUCAUCACGCCGUACAAAACCUUCAGCUUCACGGCAGAGUCGGAGCGGGACAAGCGGGACUGGAUGGAGGCGCUGCAGGAGGCCAUCGCAGAGACUCUGUCGGACUACGAGGUGGCCGAGAAGAUCUGGUCCAACCGAUCCAACAGGAUGUGUGCCGACUGCAAGGCCCUGAACCCCGACUGGGCCUCCAUCAACCUGUGUGUGGUCAUCUGCAAGAACUGCGCAGGGCAGCACAGAGGUCUGGGGACGAUGGUCUCUAAAGUUCAGAGUCUCAAACUGGACACCAGCGUGUGGAGCAACGAGAUCGUCCAGCUGUUCAUCAUGCUGGGGAACGACCGUGCCAAUGACUUCUGGGGGGCUCGGCUGUCUGUGUCGGAGGAGUUGGACUGUGACGCCUCCCCCGAGCAGAGACGAGACUUCAUCACCCAGAAAUACAGAGAGGGACGAUAUCGACUCCCGCACCCGGCGUUCAGCAGCCAGGAGGAGCUGCUCAAGGUCUUGUGCUCGGCCGUCUCUGAACAGACUCUUCUGAAAACUGUCACUCACAUUUUCUCGGAGGCGGAGUCAGCUCGCCUUGCAGACGACUCCAGCGACUGCCAACGACAUAAUCCGCUCCUGGAUCGCUGCAUCACUUCAGAUCCCAGUGUGUACGAUGAGAUCAUGCAGCCCGUCCUUCACUCUGGUUACCUCUACAAGUCCGGCUCCGUCCACAGAGGGACGCUGUCCAGGAAGACUCGAGAAGACUUCCAGAAGUUCUGGUGUUCAGUGGAUCAGUCUCUGCUCUUCUACGAGUCGGACCGAUCAGGUGAUCCCUGCAUGCAGAUCAGCGUUAAAGACAUCGUGUGUUUGGGCGUCAGUCGACCCGACUCCUCCAACAACAACAACGGCUUCAUCGACAGGUUUCGUUACACCUUCGAGUUGUAUUUGACUUCAGAGAAACUUUAUCAGUUUGGUUUGGAGACGGCCGACGCUCUGCACAGCUGGACCAAAUCCAUCGGGAAGGCUGCGACCCCCCUCAGCUGUCACUGCCUGCUGACUCGGGAGUUUGAGCGGGUCGGCCUGCUGCGGUACAGAGCCAUGUUGGAUCCUCAGCAGUGGAAGGAGGCGUACUUCGUCCUGCAGAAGUCCAACCUCUUUAUCUGUCCCCGAAAUGAUGGAGCAGCCGAGGACAUCAUCAACCUGAACCGUCUGCAGGAGCUCAGUAUCACCUCUGAGACUGAGAACCACGAGAAGAAAGACAUCCUGGUCUUAGUAGAAAAAGGAAGGACCGUCCACCUGCAGGGCGUCGGCCGCACAGAUUUCUCUCUGUGGUACUCUGACAUCCAGCGAGCGGCCGGCGGUAAAGGAAACACACUGAGGGAGCAGCAGCUGAGCAGAAAUGACAUCCCGAUCAUCGUGGACAGCUGCAUCGCCUUCAUCACUCAGUAUGGUCUUGGCCACGAGGGGAUCUACAGGAAGAACGGCGCCAAAUCCAGAAUCAAACUCCUGAUGGAAGAGUUUCGUAAAGACGCUCGGAACGUCAAACUGCGGAUCGGAGACCACUUCAUUGAGGACGUGACGGACGUCCUGAAGAGGUUCUUCAGGGAGAUUGAGGACCCCAUCUUCAUGGCCGAGCUCCACCCACUGUGGCAGGGGGCCGCCAAAAUCCCUCAGAAGAGUCAGAGGUUGGACCGCUACAAAGAGAUCAUCCGGAGUCUUCCUCGAGUCAACAGGACCACUCUGGCCGCUCUCAUCAGUCACCUGUUCAGAGUCCAGAAGUGUGCCGAUCUGAACCAGAUGUGCACAAAGAACCUGUCGCUGCUGUUCGCUCCCAGUCUGUUCCAGACUGACGGGAAAGGAGAGCACGAGGUGAAGAUCGUAGAGGAUCUGAUAGACAACUACCUGUACGUCUUUGAUAUCGACGAGGAGCAUCAGACUCAGAUCGAGCUGGAAAUUAGCCUCAUCACCACCUGGAAGGACACUCAGCUGUCUCAGGCCGGUGAUCUGAUCAUCGAAGUCUAUCUGGAGAUGAAGAUACCAGACUGCUGCAUCACUCUCAAGGUGUCUCCCACCAUGUGUGCUGAGGAGCUGACCAAUCAGGUUCUGUUCAUGAGGAACGUCCCGGCCGGAGACAAAGACGUGUGGAUGACGUUUGAGGCCAUUGAGGACGGACAGCUGGAGCGUCCGUUACAUCCCAAAGAGAAAGUUCUGGAGCAGGCUCUGCAGUGGUGCAAGAUGGCCGACCCGAGCUCGGCCUACCUGGUGGUGAAGAGAGUUCCUAAAGGAGAAGGCAUCAACAUCCUCACCUCCUAUAAGAGUGAGAUCAUGAAGGUCGGUCUGCUGAAGUGUCGUGAGGAACCUCCGAAGCUCCUGCAGGGGAACAAGUUCCAGGAGCGAACGUUCCAGAUCAUAAACCACAAACUGCUGCUGCUCAAAGACAAGAAGAGCAUCAAACCAGAGAAGGAGUGGUCUCUGAAGUCCAUGAAGAUCUACAUUGGCAUCCGCAGGAAACUGAAAGCUCCGAGCAGGUGGGGAUUCACAGUGAUGUCCGACAAACACCAGCUGUAUCUGUGCUGCAGCUCUGAGGCUGAACUGUGGGACUGGAUCACCAGCUUCCUCAAAGCUCAGAAUGAUGACCCGGGCCCUCCGGUCCUGAGGCGUCACUCCUCCGCAGAUAUCUCCAAGCAGAAGUUCGGCACGAUGCCGCUCGUGCCCAUCAGAGGAGAUGAGAGCAACAACAGCAUGCUGGCGGCCAAUCAGAAGCUGAGAAAGUUACACGACAGAAGGACGCUCUCCAUGUACUUUCCCAUGAAGGUGCAGCAGGACUCAUUUGAGGAGCGUUCGGAGUCUCCUGACCUUCCUGAGCCGCUCUACGAGGAGGUCGGGGACUUCGGCCUGCAGGUCCUUAAAUCUCUGGAGACCAGCUUCCUGUCCAGCAGCGCUGCCGAGACUCAGGAAGUCCCAGACCUCCCGCCGCUCAGACUAAUUCCCGUGGAAGCCGGGCACUCGGACCACAUAAUCAUCCCCAAAUCGGGGUGUUCCGGCGCCGGCUCUGUGGACAGUCUGGAGCAGAGCGGAGGCAGCAGCGGAGGAGGUGAUGGAGAAGACUUGAACGUCCCUCAGCAGCCUGCAGUGAGGAAGAGGCAGCAGCUGCAGGGAGUCUGUACUCCAUCACAGGAGCUGCUGCUGCAGGAGCUGUCAUCUGCUUUCACCAAGAAGACUGAGGAGGAGGAGGAGGGGGGGGAGAAGGAGGAAGAGGAGGAGGAGAGGCCGUAUGAUGUCUGAGAGGAAAGAAGGUUUUAUCACAGCUCGGUGAAAUCUAUCAAAGUUUCCACAGAGUCUGGUGAAGUCAGGAAGCAAUCAGUUUCAUUUCUAUAACCCUGAAUCGCACAUUUGUCCAAGAGCUCCUCACAGCAUGUGACCCCCACGAUCAUUCUGCCCUUUACAGAAACUUUCACUGGAAUAAAAGCAGCCGGGAGGACUUUUAUAAUACCAGCAAAGACACUGAGAAGGACUCAUUUAACCCUGUAAUAUUUGGUCAGUCCCCUCAGAUUAAUGAAUCAUGCCUUGGAAUUACUCUGAUGAUUCUGCUGGCACUGCAGCUCCCAGAUCUCCUCCUGAUUAACUGGUUUAAAAAGAUAAGAAAGAGGAUUCGGGAGAGCUCAGAGCUCUGAUGGAGACGUUCACAAAGACACCUCCAACCUGCUGCUGUUGGUGCCUUGCUCUGCCUCCAGUGAGGAACCAAAACGUCAGCUCUGAGAGACACAGAACCGAAAACUUUCACACAGUCUGAUGGUUUCUGAUGGAACGUAGGAAGUCAAAACUCAGAGACAGAGGAGCAGCGGACACUGUGAUUGGCUGAAGGGUCACGUGACUCACAGUCAGAGUGACAGAACGAGUGAAGUGAAGUAGAUGGGAGGAGGAGCAGGUCGUAGACUGAGGUCAAAAGAGUAGAAUUAAAAAGAUACUGUAAGAACAGACUGAAGCUAUUAUUUUAAAUUAUAUAUUAUUAAAUUACAUAUCUGUGUAAUCUUUUAAUGCCAAAUAACAAGCUCAUCGUCGUCUGGAUUAUAGCACAAACUGUAUACAGUCUGUAUAUAUUUAAAGGGGUGUUCCGUAGAUUUAUCAUCACACUCCUGUGACUGAAAAAAGGAUCUAAAUCGAUGCAGCACACAUUCUCCUUCAUUACCCACAGUGCACCUCUCCCUCUGACAGCUGUGUGGGCAAUUGUCGUGUGUUAUGUCAGUAGCAGCUUAUGUAGCCUGAGGCCUCUGACCUGCAGCAGAGAUGAGCAGCGGGCUGCAGAGGUCUGGUAAGCUCACUUCUGUUUUUUACUCCACACUCUGAUGAGACUUCACACAGCUCCCUCUGGACACACAAAAGGCUUUAUAUCAUGUUUAACACAUGUGCAGUAGAUCAGUGGUUCCCAACUGGUGCAGCCACAGCGUCCAGAUAUCUCCUUAGUCAUUAAAGGUCCACACAGUUUAAUAUAUUCAGCGUCAUACUCGCAUUUGGCCAUGUCGUCCAGUUAGUUUGCCGUCUCUGUCAAGUAGCUGAAGCUGAAGUUAAAACAGAUGAAACAGAAGUUGGGAACCACUGCAGUAGAACGCCUCAACACCAGGAGAGGGAAGGAGGAAAUGGCUUCCAGUAUUUGAUUGAUUUGAUGCUUAAAGACACAGAACAGACAACAAACACCUGAGUUUGAAAAAGAAAAUAAAAGAAUACAUCACCUGCAAAAUGAUGAUUUGUAUGUCAGUUGCUGACGCUGUGUUUCGUGGAAUUCGUUCUCGUGAUGCCUCAACAGUGAACGGAGAAUCUGAAAAAGCCGAACAAUCGUCGUAAACUGCAGUAAACGAGGAUUAUGUUUAACAGCAGCAAAAAACUACAUCAAAACAUCUGUUAGCAAACUCUGGCUUAACUUGUGCAGUAUCAUCCAAGUCUCAUUUAUCUAGUCGUGUGCUCAGUGCUUCCCAGACACAUGCAUUUUUCCUAAAAUCAGGCACGUGCACAGAUGCACCUGCACUUUUGCCCUUCUUGCAAGACAUGUUUUUCUAUUUCUUUUUAUGAUUUUAUAUUUUAGCUUUUAAGUUGAGCCCAUGGCGUCAGUUUCAAAUUAAAAGUGUGUUGUUUGCUCGACAACUGCAUUUGAGUCGAGCUCCUGCCUCCACAUUUUCUCUCGUGGCAGGUGCACGCAAAUCGAGUCAACAGCAGCAUCACGUCUUUAUGGACAGCCAGAUGACGAUAGUGUUUGCCCUAAGCGUCAGCGCUGUUUGUCACUGAUAUAAAUUAAACCACUAUAAAGACAUCUCAAUACAGCCAGUCUAACGUGGGCAAUAACCCACCAUUAAGUUUCAGUCUUGCCUAAAACCACACUGCCUCCCUCCAACUCUUUGCCAGAUUCAGGUUCAGCAGCAGCCCAGAGUGAGCAGAGACAGACACUGAAAAUCUUCCCCACUUUAACUGAUCUUUUUAAACCAAAAUCAUUUUGAAAUCAAGUUUAUGUUUCCCACGUCGCAGCUCUGAUAAAUGAUUUCAACAAAAAUAACCUGCAGUUUGGGGCUGUGCUGCGUAAAGAGCGCAGAGGAGCAGAGGAGGUGCAUGGGGUGUAUGCGUCUGUUUUCUGGGAGUGUUUAGGAAAAUUUAAAUCCUAUUUAGAAGAUAAUUAUAACAAUUAGAGCAAGACUAUUAAAAAAGCAAAGGAGGGGAAGAGAAUGAGGAAAGAAGAAGAACAAAUUGAGGAGAGAAAAGGAAAGGAUUCAAGAAUAGAGAGGAGAGAAGUGGAGAAUGCACGUAGCCUGAUUGUUGCGACUGAAAAUAGGCAAUGCAGAUGGAGAAGUGGAAGCCUGAUUGUAGAAAUUGUUGAAUAUUUUUUGGCACAUACCAUUUCUUACUUUUGUCUGUAUGUUUAUUUUGAGUAUGGAUCCUACACAUUGUUCUAUAAAGAGACCCCUGGUGUCUGGGCUACUGGGCCAUGCCUGAGACUGCUAAAUGACACUUUGAUUAUAGUGCACGAGUUGUGUGAGGGUUUGUAAACCGAUGUUUUCAUAUAAUUUUGCUGUCGUUAAACAUGGUCAUCCGUUACUUCAGUUCAUGAAUAAUUGGGGCUGCCCCCCUGACUAAGAAUUUUACUAGUCGACUAGUCCUCAUCAGGGUCCAUCAGUGGACUAGUCUCCUGCAUGUUUCUGAUAUGAAUGUAAUGAUUAAAUGAUAUAUUUUGGUGGUUUGAGUUGAAGGUGUGAGAAAGAAUAGUAUCAGUAACAUUGUUAACACUGUGCUACAUUACAGAGAAAUACAAACCGUACUAAUGAACCUUCAUUAAUAUAGGCCUAUAUUUUAUCUCCAAGUGCACGUCACACACUGAGCGAGCCGCCUGUUAAUGACGCUGUGGGCUAAUGGGCAUGUAGCUACUUCCAUGUUUCAGAUGAUACGUCAUGUUUGUAGUCGACCAAUGAAGAUGAGUUUACAUAUCACCUUGGGUUCGUCCUUCACCUUCUCAAAAUGAUCCCACACUUUGGAUUUCCUGCCCGACAUGUUAUUAACUAGCCUGUGGAAUAACCGCAGGUACCAGCCCUGGAGAUUAACCUGACUCCUGUCUGACUGCUGAGCGUGGUCACUUCCUGUGUCUGUCCUUUCAAAGUAAAGUCACACAUGGUCCAGUCAUAUAGGUUUGGAGUUAUUUUGACGAGGAGCAGCUCCUGAUAGAGUUUCAUGUUUGUUUUGCGACUAAGCAAACAAUGAAAUCUUGCCGCCUAAUGACCUUUCUGGUCAACUGUUAAGGGGCAGCUCUGUGACGAAUGUUCACCUUUUUUGGAUUCUUCGUUCACCGUAGAGACAGGAGAUAAAAAACAAUUUUUCUUCAUGAGUUCAAGGUAACGUGGUGAGUAAUCGACAUACAAGCGCCCAUUUUGGGAUUUUAAGUAUUCUUUUAAACCUUUACCUACAGUGAAUGAUGAUGACGUGGGCGUCGUCAUGUAAAAUCCUCAGUUCUGAUCCCGUCAGAACAAAACGAUCAAUCAUCAAAAUAUUCUGUAGACAAACUGUACUGUAAAGUGUAAACAUGCAUCUUUAUAAUAUGUUCAGAUACUUUCUUAUCAAUAAUUUGUACAUUUCAUGAGCUACAUGUUCACGUGCAGUCAAACUGCUGAUGUUAGUGUGGAUGAACAAACUGGUUCCACUGGUUUUAUUGGUGACACACUGUAAAGACUAGUUGUACAUAUGUAGUGCUGGCGGUUGUCUGUAUCGUAACACUGGUGGAGUUUAUUUAACCAAACAGUGUAGAUUUAUUCAUGACGAGCCGCUGCGGCUCUGUGACAUCACUGGAUUUUAUCACCUGAAUUAUAUUUCAGCCUCUUUAUAUGUUAACUUAUUUUAUAAAACCAUAGAUGUUUUUAAACUGUGAUUGAAACACCCCCCCCCCCCCGACAGGAUGUGAUGCUCUGAGUGAACAGCAGGUGGCAGCAGAUGCUCAUGUUUCAACAGGUGAUGAGGUUUGACUGCAGCUGAGCGUCUGUAAGUCUGUUCCUCCGACACGUCUGACAGUGAAGAAUAAAAGUCAUCCUGUAAUACUACCAUGAAAUACUUCAUUACAAGUAAAAGUAUGCAUUCAAAAUUUAACUUUAUUGAGAUUAAAUUUAAUAAAGAAUAAAAAGUGAAGAAGAAAUUUGAAGGAAGAGUAGUCCACCAGUCCUCCCAUAACACAGUCUAACUGGUCCCAGUGUGACUCUAACAGUGGUCAGACUGGUUUGAUGUGUGUGUAUAUAUUCAGUAUCUAUCUGUUGUACAUUAUUCUAUGUAUCAAGC